GUCCAUUAUCAAUCAAGAAUUCCGGAGAAGUAAGAAGCUUCAACUUCUUUGCUCAUCUUCAUCUACCAUUUCAUUCUGUCCAUAAUCAUGGCAACGACGCGCGUAGCCACACGGCUACUCUCCGCUGGAUCUUCUCGGCAAAGUUUACAAGCUGUGUCUCAGCGCUCAUCUACCACACCCACAACCCUACCAUAUCCCCGGUGUCAUCUCCGACUCUCACCGUCGCCACUACGACGAUUUGAUAACCACAACCUUACCAGCACUACUCGCUGCUUCACCACCACCUCUUACCUCUCCUCAUCUACCUCCUCCGCCCCCCUAGAGAUCCCGGACAUAACGAACCACUACACGAUCUUCCGGAACACGCUCCCCGCCGGCCCGCCACCGCACUCCCCGUUCUCGAUCUCCCCCGCGGACCUGCGCCGCGAGUUCCUCCAAUGGCAGGCCCGCAUCCACCCGGACAAAUACCCCUCGGGUCCGCAGAAGCAGCAGGCCGAGGCCCUGUCAGCGCGGAUCAACGAGGCCUACCGCACUCUGCUGGACCCACUGCAGCGCGCGCAGUACCUCCUCCGCGAGAUGCACGGGAUCGACGUCACGGCGGAGGAUGGGGCUACGAAGCACGCGCUGGAUCCGCAGACGCUGAUGGAGGUCAUGGAGGUGCAGGAGACGAUUGAAGAGGUCGGGGCGGACGAAGGGGCGGUGGAGACGAUCCGCGAGUUGCAGCGGGAGAAUGAGCAGCGGGUCCGGGAGUGCGUGCGGGCCUUGGAGGAGGCCUUUGACGGCGGGGAUAUUGAGAAAGCGCGGACCGAGUGUGUCAAGUUGCGGUUCUGGUAUAGUGUUGGGGAAGGGCUGAGGGAGUGGGAGCCCGGGACGAGAGAGAUUCGGUUGGUACACUGAUUUUAAGUUGGAUUCGGGACAUGCAAUAUGUGUGUCUAUUUUGUGUAUACUACUCUCUCUCUCUCUCUAGUUUCAUGCCUUCCUCGGUCUUUUGGGGAUGAAUAGACAUAGACGGUGUUGAUGGGGUUAAUGAUACCAUUUCCUCUCUUAGUGCCAUUGUGGGCUGUGUUGCAGGCGGGGGUGGGAUAUGUGGUAAAUGUUGUCUACUUACCCAUAGUGACAAUGGGUUGUUGAAUCACGCCUUGUCACUGUUAAAUUGGGUCAGAUCAUCUCAUUUUGGAAAUUAAGUGUUGUGCCUCGGCGUUUCGAAGUAACCAGUUUCCAUGCAUGGUGGGAUGGCAUUCAGGUGCAGUCAGUCAC